UUUACUCACAGGAAGGAAGAGCCCUCGCCUCCCACAGAGGAUAUUAAAUCUACUUUAAAAGCUCUUAGGAGCUCACCUCCAAGAGUAAAACUGUAUAAGCACCGGAACGAAGGAAGUGGCGCGACGUACGGGGAGCUUCCAGUGGACAUCGUCAUGAGUUACAAACCCAUUGCUCCAGCGCCGUCAGGCUCUAACCACACGCCACCUGGCUCCUCUGUGCCCUCUCCCUCUCUCCCGUCAUCAUCCAAUUUUCGGCCCGCUUUCAGUGACUUUGGCCCACCCUCCAUGGGCUUUGUUCAGCCCGUCAAAGUCACUCAAGGAUCUACCUACAGUGAACUUCUGUCGGUCAUUGAGGAAAUGAGCCGUGAAAUCCGGCCCACAUACGCUGGAAGCAAAAGUGCUAUGGAGAGGCUAAAGAGAGGUAUCAUCCAUGCACGUGCACUUGUCAGGGAAUGUCUAGCAGAGACAGAAAGAAGCGCCCGUACAUAACAUUUUCUCAUCCCCAGCUAUUCCCUCUUAUCCAUUCUCUAUUUUUAAACUUUAAUUUUUUUUAUCCUUCUUGGUUGGCUUUAUACAAUUGCAUUGUUUCCUUGUCAUUCCACCUGGCCCUUCUUUUUAAACUUCAAGUUUUAAUUUUUUUCCUCCCCAGAUGUGGCGAUUCAAGGUGAGCCAUGCAUUAAACACAUAUCAAAUUUUAUGUGGUCAACACAGCCAAAAUGACCAGGUAACCCCCCCUCCUUCAACCUUGGUUUUAAUUUUGAAUAGAGCCAGUUUAUUUCUUGCUUUGGUCCUUUUUUUCUGGUCAAUCAACAAAGACUAUGUACUGUACAUCUCAAGUCAAUUUGUUAUGUGGGAAUUUUGUAAACCAAACUUUUGCAGUUCAGUAUGUAUAUCUUAAUUAAAAGAUACAAAACAAGUCAGCACUUGUAAUGUCUUGUCUUAGACUUUCGAUCUACUUAUGCUGAAAAUACUUUGUCGAACCACACGGGAAAUAUGAAAAGAUGCCAUCCCAUGAAUAAA